CGACACAAUGAGCAUGCGCGGACACAAAGAACAGCGACACACGAGCUGCUCCGCACAGGCAGCGAUGCUUGUUACUAUAGCAACAACCUCUCGCGCACAUCCGCAGCCUCCACCAACGUCUCCUCCUCCCCACCGCACAACAGCAUCCCUCUGUCAACAGGAUAUUUCCUGAGACGGAAAUACGACGGGGGAAGGAAAAUGGCGCUCAUCCCAUCACAGAUCCUCAGAGUAGCGAUACUCCUCUCUUAUUUUUCCAUCCUCUGCAAUUACAAAGCCAUAGACAUGCCCGCGCAUCAAACAUACGGCGGUAGCUGGAAGUUUCUUACGUUCAUAGAUUUGGUUAUUCAGGCGGUGUUCUUUGGAGUGUGUGUCCUGACUGACCUCUCAAGCCUUUUGACAAAAGGCAGUGCCAGUAUGGAGCAAGAGAGACAGUUGAGGAAGCUGAUUAGCUUACGAGACUGGAUGAUGGCUGUUCUGGCCUUUCCUGUUGGUGCGUUUGUGGUGACUAUGUUCUGGACGCUUUACGUGUAUGACAGAGAUUUGGUAUAUCCAAGACUCCUGGACAACUUUAUACCUCAGUGGCUAAACCAUGGCAUGCACACAACAGUUCUUCCUUUUAUCAUAAUUGAGAUGAGAACAACACACCAUAGAUAUCCCAGCAGGACCUGUGGACUCUUCGCGGUGUGCAUGUUUGCUGUGGGAUAUGUUGUAUGGAUGUGCUGGGUGCACAGCAUGACGGGGGUGUGGGUUUAUCCGUUGCUGGAGCACAUCGGGCCCAUGGCCAGAAUUCUCUUCUUCGUCUGCCUCACGGCUCUGAUCAGCGUCUACUACGUCUUGGGAGAAAUCCUGAACAACUACAUCUGGGAUUCCUCAAAGAGUACUCUGGAAUCAGACAAGACCAAAACUGAAUGAAGACCACCACAAAUGUUAACCUGCCUCUUUUCUCUUUGGAGUUCAAUCCAAUAUUAUAUAUUUAUCUUGGUCUCCUGAGACAUUUAUCUCAUCCUCAUUAGUGCCCCUUAAUUAAAAAAAGCACAGACCUAUAUUGGCUUGAACAUGAAAUUGAAUAAUUCAUGUUUUUAAUUUAUGGUAUGAAUGUUACAGUAUUUCAGAGAACCUCAAGCAUUGUGUGAGCACUGAAUGAUCUGUACUGCACACAUGCUGUAUUCGUGUGUCCAAAGCCAGUUUAACACACCACAUUACAGAUAUAACUCACGUCAGGUAUUAUUUAUUUACAGAGGGAUGAUUUAUGAGGGAAUUUGUCAUUCUUUGCCCCCGUAAAACAAAUAAGCAACACCUUUAUAUACACAGUAGCAUAUGGCAAACGACAAUGAGCACAAGAUUAUUCGCUUAGAUGAGCUGUUUCUGAAGCCAUAAAAGUUUUUGACUAAGAUCAGCAGAUAUUGCUGCAAGAAAUUCAAACAUUGUCAGAAGAGAAACUGACCUUUCCCUACUUGAUAGCACUUUAUAAAAAGCUCUCAUACGUUAACAUUAGCUAACACAAACUAACAAUGAACAAUAUCGUUUUUAAAGCAUUUAGUUAAUAAAAAUGCAGUUGUUCAUUUUUUGUUUGUUAGUUCAUAGUGCAUUAAUGUUAACAAAGUUAACAUUUUUAUUUAAAAAUUAAAACUAGUGCUGUGAAACGAUUAAUCGUAUCCAAAACAAAAGUUUUUGUUUACAUAAUACGUGUAUAUUUAUUAUGUACAU